AUGCACUGUCCGUGCGGGGGGAAUGUGCCGGCCCCGCUCCUUUGCCGGAUUCUGAGAGUUACAGCCGCGUCCGACUCGAUCUGGCCAGCAAGAAACAGGCGACGCGAACAGCAGAGGAUGGUUCAAGAGUCGGAAGCUGGAGCAUUGGGAGAGGUUUGUGCUUUACCUGGACUCACAUCUCCUCCCGCGGUCCGGCCGCGCAGCAAUGGGGACAGAGAUGCCAGCUGGAUCAUCUGGGGUGUCUGCGCCCCUGCUGGGGCUGAGAGCUCAGCACUGAGCGCCUGGCCGGCCCCGGGACUGUCCCGGGAGGGGCGGGGGCAGCGCGAUGCUGUGCAUCAGGCUCCGAGCCACAGCAUCGAGGGGAAGGUGCCCCUGCUCACUGCGGGGGAGGGGCUGGAACCGGAGCCCUCCAGGGCCCUUCCACCACCGGCCACCCCCGGACUGCCGUGGGCAGAGGGGCUGGAACCGGAGCCCUCCAGGGCGCUUUCACCCCCAGACUGCCGUGGGCAGAGGGGCUGGAACCGGAGCCCUCCAGGGCCCUUUCACCCUCAGACUGCCGUGGGCAGAGGGGCUGGAACCGGAGCCCUCCAGGGCCCUUUCACCCCCGGACUGCCGUGGGCAGAGGGGCUGGAACCGGAGCCCUCCAGGGCCCCUCCACCCCCAACCCCUCCCGGUUGCGCCCGCCCGGGCCCGCGCGCCGCCGCCGCCGCUUCCGCCGCGCGGUCCCUCCCGCGCGCCGCCCCCUCCCGGCAGCCCUCGCGCCGGAAGCGGCUGACGACAACAACAAACACCGGCGGCGGCGGCGGCCGCCCCAGGCAGGGCUCCCCCGCUCCCCGCGGCCCCCAGCCCGCCCCGCCGAGCCGCCUCUUCCCGCUCGCCGCCUCUCCCCGCUCGGCCGCAGGCCCCGCCGAGGCGCUGCGCGCCCCCGCGGAGCCGCCGGGCCCGGCCGCGCGGCGCGGGGGGGGACGCGCCGCCACCGGCGCAGGAUGA